UCGCCCAAACAUGGCCUCCAUGACGGAGACACCGCUUCAACUUUAAUUUUUCUCCAGUUUUCAGACAUAAAGCUUCUAGAUUGAACCUUCCUCCGGCCGCUCCGGGUGUUUCAUGCUGCAGCUCUGCCGGGGAUGAGCGCUGAGGAGCCGGGUGUGAUCUGCCGGAGCCUCCGCUGAUUUAACGGUUAAAGCUGGAGAGGAAACAGAGAAAAGCAUCAAAGCAAAUGCCAUCUGAGGCUCAGUCCCAGGAGCCUCGGGACAGAGGACCGCCCCCUCCCGUCACUCGGGCCGGACGCAGUGCUCAGCUGGCCAAAGCGGCCGCCACAAGCCCCGCCCUCGAACGCCGGCCUCGCGGACGACCUCGCAAAGAUGGGAGCGGGGGUCGCUCUGGGCCUCCCACCCCCCCUCCUCCACCUCCUCCUCCUCCUCCUCCUCCUGCUCCCAAAUCAAGGAAGAAGGGGCGGAGCCGAGGACGAGCGCAGGUAGAGGACGAAGAGAGCACGGUCGCCACGGAGACCAAAACCCCCCCGAAGACAGAGGUGAAGGAGACGUCAGGACGCCGGCGCUCCGCCUCCAGGAGGAAGUCCACCCCAGACCCAGACCCAGAUCCUGACCCAGAUCCUGACCCUGACCCUGACCCUGACCCUGACCCAGAUCCCCCCACUGAUCCCCCCGCUGAGCCCACACCAGAACCAGAACCUGCUCCUAGUGCUGAGCAGGACAGAACCAGUCCUGGGGGGGCAGCCAGGGUCCCGUCCCCGCUGCUGGACCGUAGUCCGGUUCACAGCACCGCCUCCAGUCCCAGACCCGCCCCCCAUCCUGCGGAGGAGGACCGGCUCAGCCCCCCGCCGCCCCCCAUGGAGGAGGACUGCAGUCCCUGCACUGUUCCCAUGGAGACAGAGGGGGGAGGGGUUAGCCCCCCCCUGAGUCCCUGCUCCAGCCCCCCGGCUUCCCCCCGCCUGGAGGACGAGGACUCGCUGUCCCCCCUGUUCCAGCGCUCGCUGUCGGAGGAUUCGGGGGGCUCGCCCACCCCGAGCCUGGGACACACCCAGAAACGUCUGAAACAGUGUGCCUUCUGUUACCGUGGCGACGAGCCUCCUCUGGGUCAGGGCCGGCUGGUGGUGUUCGGCCCGACGCCCGGCUACAUCCCGCUCCACAUCCUCAACCGCCGCGCCUCCUCCGACCGGGACAGCGACUGCCACGACCACUGUUACCGUGGCAACCAGGCCCUGCCUAUUUCAGAGGAGGAGUCUUCCUCAGAGUUUGUGGAGCAGCUCGGAGCCAUCGGCCUUCCACAUGACAUCAACGUCCAAUCACUGUUUGACCCCACAGGUCAGUGCUGUGCUCACCUGCAGUGUGCAGCGUGGUCAGAGGGGGUGUGUCGGGGCGAGGGCCAAUCACUGCUCUAUGUGGACAAAGCCAUCGACUCAGGAAGCACACAGGUGUGUGUGUUCUGCCAUCGGCUCGGAGCGACGCUGCGUUGCCGGGAGACGGGCUGCGGGCGGAGUUACCACUUCCCCUGUGCUGCCGCCGCCGGAGCUCAUCAGGACUGGAACCAGAGACACACACUGUGUACAAGACACACACACACAGCGUCCUCUCAGUGCGUAUCAUGUUCAGGCGGCGGUGAUGUCAGCAGUUUGUUGAUGUGUUGUUGCUGUGGUAACUGCUACCAUGGUAGUUGCCUGGACCCCCCUCUGGCCCCCUCCCCUCUGUGCCGGGCCGGCUGGCAGUGUCCGCAGUGUCGAGUGUGUCAGAGCUGCAGGUUGCAAGGGGAUGACAGUGUGUUGCUGGUGUGUGAGCGCUGUGAUAAAGCUUUCCACACACACUGUCUCACACCUCCUCUGGAUCACACACCCACCACCGGCUGGAGCUGCAAGAAUUGCAGAGUGUGCCGCCGCUGUGGUGUCAGGUCAUCAGGCCAGUGGGCCAAUCACCCAUUUUUGUGUGAAUCAUGUGACCUGGCCCUGCCCUGCCCUCUCUGUGACCACGCCCCUGACCUCUACUCACCACAGGACUAUCUGACCUGUAUCUGCUGCUAUAGGUGUGUUCAUACGGAGUGUAGUGUCCAGACUGGGGAGGGCAGGGCGGGGUCAGAAGGUUAUGUCUGCUCCACCUGCAGGACUCAGGAGGAGGAGCUGAUCACACACAGUCCUACCCCUGCCAUUCUACAUAGUCCCACACACCCACACAGCAUUUCACAGCCACCAAUUACAAAUCAUACAUUAAAACAGGCUUCCCCCAUCAGUUCUACUGCUCAUAGCCCAAUCCAGCUCAUCUGCUCAGAGCCUGCAGAUAGUCCUACCAAGACCAUCUGUACACCGUUGGAGCAGGGUCCUCAGCCAUCUCACCCUGACCCCACAGAGCUCACACAAAGUCCUGUGCAGUGUCACCCUGACCCCACAGAGCUCACACAAAGUCCUGCGCAGGGUCACCCUGACCCCACCGAGCUCACACAAAGUCCUGCGCAGGGUCACCCUGACCCCACAGAGCUCCAACAAAGUCCUGCCCCAUCUCACCCUGAUCCCACAGAGCUCCAACAAAGUCCUGCCCCAUCUCACCCUGAUCCCACGGAGCUCCAACAAAGUCCUGCCCCAUCUCACCCUGAUCCCACAGAGCUCCAACAAAGUCCUGCCCCAUCUCACCCUGAUCCCACAGAGCUCCAACAAAGUCCUGUGCAGUGUCACCCUGACCCCACAGAGCUCCAACAAAGUCCUGCGCCAUCUCACCCUGAUCCCAUAGAGCUCCAACAAAGUCCUGCCCCAUCUCACCCUGAUCCCACAGAGCCCCAACAAAGUCCUGCCCCAUCUCACCCUGAUCCCAUAGAGCUCCAACAAAGUCCUGCCCCAUCUCACCCUGAUCCCACAGAGCUCCAACAAAGUCCUGCUCCACCUCAUGCUGAUCCCACAGAGCUCCAACAAAGUCCUGCCCCAUCUCACCCUGAUCCCAUGGAGCUCCAACAAAGUCCUGCCCCAUCUCACCCUGAUCCCACAGAGCUCCAACAAAGUCCUGCACCAUCUCACCCUGAUCCCACAGAGCUCCAACAAAGUCCUGCUCCACCUCAUGCUGAUCCCACAGAGCUCCAACAAAGUCCUGCUCCACCUCACCCUGAUCCCACAGAGCUCCAACAAAGUCCUGCCCCAUCUCACCCUUAUCCCACAGAGCUCCAACAAAGUCCUGCCCCAUCUCACCCUGAUCCCCUGGAGCUCCAACAAAGUCCUGCCCCAUCUCACCCUGAUCCCCUGGAGCUCCAACAAAGUCCUGCCCCAUCUCACCCUGAUCCCCUGGAGCUCCAACAAAGUCCUGCCCCAUCUCAUCCUGAUCCCAUAGAGCUCCAACAAAGUCCUGCCCCAUCUCACCCUGAUCCCACAGAGCUCCAACAAAGUCCUGCUCCACCUCAUGCUGAUCCCACAGAGCUCCAACAAAGUCCUGCCCCAUCUCACCCUGAUCCCACAGAGCUCCAACAAAGUCCUGAGCCAUCUCACCCUGAUCCCAUAGAGCUCCAACAAAGUCCUGCACCAUCUCACCCUGAUCCCACAGAGCUCCAACAAAGUCCUGCACCAUCUCACCCUGAUCCCAUAGAGCUCCAACAAAGUCCUGCACCAUCUCACCCUGAUCCCACAGAGCUCCAACAAAGUCCUGCCCCAUCUCAUCCUGAUCCCACAGAGCUCCAACAAAGUCCUGCCCCAUCUCACCCUGAUCCCACAGAGCUCCAGGAAAGCCUGACAACAUGUAACUUGGAUCCUACAGAACAUCGGGAAAGCCAUACCCUAUCUCACCUUGGUCCAACAGAACUCCAACAAAGUCCUAUGUCAACCCCUCCUGCAGAGCUGCAGGAAAGCCCUACCAAUGUGACUAUCACACAGGCCCAACAUAGUCCUUGCCAGGUCCGGCCCUCUAGCCCUACCCAGAAUUCCACGGAGGAUCAGUGUGUAGCCACAGAGUCUCAGCUGAGUCCUAUGCAGAGUAAUCCCAUGUCUUGUAGCCAUGUACAUUCUCCGCACAGCCCUCCAUCACACAGUCAAACCCAGGUGGGGUAUAGUCCUACCAGGAUUCAGUCAGGCCCUGCAGAGCUUAAUCACAGUCCAUCACCACGUAGUCCUGCACAGGACAACAGUACACAGUCACAGCUUGAUAGACAAUGUAGUCUGAGUAUCAUCAUACAGCCUCAGCACAGUCCCCCACAAAGAGGACAUAGUCCGAUUCAAUUUAGUCCUGCAAAAGUCUGCACAUCACCUCCAGAGAGCCCCACACAGCAUGUCGAACCUACACUGGACCAGGAGAGCCCUGGAUCAAGCAGCCCUGCUCAGCUGCCCUGUGGGGCUGCACAGAACAUUUCUACACUGGACCAGGACCUCUCACCAGUCUACUUUAGCUUCACCCACACAGCAAGAAACCAUGCUUCAUUGAGGCCCAUUUCAGCUCCAUGUAGCCCCUCACGGUCCCCACUCAGAGCCACACAGUGUAGUCUGUCACAGCCUGCUAGCCCAGGGCAGGGCCACUCUACAGAGCCUGUUAUCCUACUUCCUUUUCAGCUUGCUACACAGCCAAGAGUCACAAAGAGUCCAAACCUUGAUGGCCAAACACUGGAAAGUAGCCCUACACCUUUUGGCAACACCUUGGAUCUGUCCACAACUUCUCCAGCUGGUCACCGUGCUGAUGGCCAACCCGUAAGCCAGUUUGGUCCUGUUCAGAGUAGCACACUUAGCCCUGACCCUUCUAGCCCCCGUCACAUACCUGCUGUCCACACACCAGAAAGCCUUGUUCACAUUAGCACUUCAAUGGAACACAGUAGCCUAACUUGCUCACCUUGUGCUGAAAUGGAGGAAAUUCCUCCCACAGCUAGCAGCAUUCAUCAGAAUGACAGUCCAUCAUGCUGCACAGAAGCUAUUGCAGGUAAAGCUAGUCCCAUACACAUCCAAAAUGAGUCAGCUGGUGCUAGUCCAACACAUGCCAGUGAAAUGCCUGCUAGCCCUGUCGGCUCUCUCCUGGCUUGUGCGAGCCCCAUGCCAAUGAUAACUGUCCCUGCCCAUGUCAGCCCUGUACCUGUGGAGACCAGCCCCUCCACACAACCAGCUAGCCCUGUAAUGCCAACAGACACCUGCUCUGCACAACCAAUCAGCCCCUUAGCAACACCUGUUAGAUCCCCAACACAACCAGGUAGCCUCUCAGCAGACAGCCCUGUCCCCCCCGUUUCAUCUCAGGAUGAAGAGAUGGUGGUAGCUGUCGACCAUCCAAGUCAUUUUAUUCAUACAGAAACUAGUCCUAGUCAUUCACCUGACAGGCCACUUCAUGCUAGCCCUACACAUGCUAGCGUAGCCCACACAGACACUAACAGUGACUGCAGUCUAAUUGGCUCCAUGGAUGCUCAAAAGAGAACAAGUCCCUCUGCUUGUAGUUCCACAGAGCUCACAAAGACGAAUACAAACCCCACACAUCAUUGUGAGUCAAGCCCCUCACAUGCCCAAACUGUCUGCAGUCCUUCAGAGACUACUGCAGUCCAUCCGAGCUACCUUCCAACUCCAACUAGCUCUAGUCCUCCACACUGUAGGCCAGCUGAUGCUAGCCCAGCUAGUAGCUCUGUUAGCCACAGUCUGAGCAACCUCACCUCAGACUGUAAUGACCACACAAGUACACCCUCUGAUAGGGUAAAUGAUGUUAGUGUCAUCCACAGUCCCCAAAGGUCUAGUCCUCCAGGUUAUGCUAGUCCUCUUCACAUUCAAGACACCUCAAGUAGUGCCCAGUCAGGCCCAGUCCAAACACAGACUCCACCAUUGGCUACCAGCACACACAGCAGCCCUGUACAUGCUACUGUCACUUGUGUUAGCCCUUCUUACAGUCCAGCUCAGGCCAGUGAAACGUAUCACAGUCCCACAGGGGGCUCCCACCCAGCUCCUGACACUGAAGCCAGUUGUGGCCUUACCGUGGCACAGCUGAGACCCACUUCGGCUAGAUCAAGUCUUGAUGUGGACAUAGUGGCCAGUUCCAUAAUGCAGAGCUCUGUCCUUCCCAGUGCUUCUCACCUCCAUACUGGUCUAGUUGAACCUACAGAUGGCUUUAAGCAGACCCUACCUGACGACUCAUCUGCUGUCAGCCAGUCUAUUGUGAGCCAGGUAGACCAGUCUCCAUCUAGUCCUGUCCCUGACAGGUCUGCUGUUGAAAGCCAACAAAGCACUGCCUUGGUAAGCCCCAUGUAUCAACGACCGGCUACCCCUGUCGACCCUUCCACUCAGGCUAGUUCUAGCAAUCCUAGCCCUGUCCAUUCUGGUCCCACUCAGGAUAACACUGCGAUGCCUAGUCCCCCAUGCUCUGCACACUCACAGACUACCGCAAGUCCUGGUCCUACCAACCCUGUACAUCCAGAGGAUAGUCCAAGUCCUGGUCCUACCAGCCUUGUGCUACAACAGGAUAAACCAGCUCCUGGUCCUGGUAGCCCUAUGAAUUGUGAGGCUAGUCCUGAACCCGCUCCUACUAGCCCUGUACGGCCUGAUCCUAAUCACAGUCCUGCUCAAGCUAGCCUUUUUGUUCCCGGCGCCCGGCAACCCACACAGACCGAGAGGGACUCUGCAGCCACCGACGACGUCCCCGUGGCUGAGGAGCAGGAGGAGCAGGAGGAGCAGGAGGCAUUGCUGCAACAGAGGAAGACUGAAGAGGAGGAGGUGCAGGAGCUUCAUCAGGACAGUCCAGCAGAGGAGGAGGUGCAGGAGCUUCAUCAAGAGAGUCCAGCAGAUGAGGAGGUGCAGGAGCUUCAUCAGGACAGUCCAGCAGAGGAGGAGGUGCAGGAACUUCAUCAGGAGAGUCCAGCAGAGGAGGAGGUGCAGGAGCUUCAUCAAGAGAGUCCAGCAGAUGAGGAGGUGCAGGAGCUUCAUCAGGACAGUCCAGCAGAGGAGGAGGUGCAGGAACUUCAUCAGGAGAGUCCAGCAGAGGAGGAGGUGCAGGUGCCUCACCAGAAGAGUCCAGUAGAGGAGGAGGUGCAGGUGCCUCACCAGAAGAGUCCAGUAGAGGAGAAGGUGGUGCAGGAACUUCAUCAGGAGAGGCCAGCAGAGGAGGAGGUGCAGGAGCUUCAUCAGGAGAGUCCAGCAGAGGAGGAGGUGCAGGAACUUCAUCAGGAGAGUCCAGCAGAGGAGGAGGUGCAAGAGCCUCAUCAGGAGAGUCCAGCAGAGGAGGAGGUGCAGGAACUUCAUCAGGAGAGUCCAGCAGAGGAGGAGGUGCAAGAGCCUCAUCAGGAGAGUCCAGCAGAGGAGGAGGUGCAGGAGCUUCAUCAGGAGAGUCCAGCAGAGGAGGAGGUGAAACAUGCUGGCUCUCUGGAGGCCUCCCCCUCCUCGCCCCCUCACAGAACUGCCUUACCCCUCUCCUGCUCUCCCCAUUCUCCUCCUCCCUCCCCUCCUCUGGAGGACCGUCCCCAGGAAAAACCCACCAAUCAAGAAGAGGCUGAGACAGAUGAUGACAGCCAAUCACAGAGCCUGUUUGAACCUGUUGCCGUAGCAACAGAACCCACCAAAGAUGAGCACCAAUCACAUGCCGAGCCUUCGGAGCGGGAGGAACCAGCCCCUUGUGAGGUGGUUGCCGGGAUACAGCCAAUGAGGCAGUCUCCUUUCUCCACCGAGGCCUCCCCCGAGACCUCCCCCUCCAGACUCCCUAUCACCCCGCCCCCGCUCUACCCCCCUUCACCUCCCCUCAGGUCCUCCCCCCAGUCUCGGGAGUCUCCUCCUCUCUCUAAGGUUCCUCCUCCCACUGUGCUCCCUCUGACUCCUAAGAUCGGCAUGGGGAAGCCGGCCAUCACUAAGAGGAAGUUCUCUCCAGGCAGAGCCAGAGUGAAGCAGCUGGAGGGGAAGGAUGUGGAGGAAGUGUUCACUGCUGUUUUGAGUCCAAACAGCAGCAACAACCAACCAGAACACACCGCUGCUGGGAGCAAGACACACAAUCCACACACAGCAGUGUUCCCUCGCCUCCCUCUGAUGAACGGCCUGAUGGGAGCCUCUCCUCACUUUCCCAACGCUCCCAUGAUGCCGAGCGGCUCCUUCAGGAUGCCCCCUCCCGACGGCCGCCCCGCCCCCUCGCCGGCCUCGGCCAAUCAGGCGGCAGGAGAGGGCGAGCAGGAUGUGAUGUCGACGGCUCAGAGGAGCAUGUUGAAGUGGGAGAAGGAGGAAGUGCUGGGGGAGCUGGCCACCGUCGCCCCCGUCCUCUACUGCAACACCAACUUCCCCCAGCUGAGGGAGCAGUACCCCGACUGGUCCACCAGAGUGAAGCAGAUAGCUAAGUUGUGGAGGAAGGCCAGCUCUCAGGACCGAGCUCCAUACGUGCAAAAAGCGAGGGAUAACCGAGCGGCUCAGCGCAUCAGCAAGGUGCAGCUGUCCAACGAGCCUCCCAAACGCCACCCGCCCUCACAGCCGCCGCCACAGCAGCCGCCAUCGCUGCCGUCACUGCCGCUGCCGGGACCGUACGACCCCGUUUCCAUGGAGACGGAGCUGGCCUUCAAAGACCCGCUGAGACCCAAAGAGACGGAGCAGGAGCAGGAGUGGAAGUUCAGACAGGGAGAGAUAAAUGACAGAUGGGGAGCCGGUAAGAAGAGGCAGGAAAAUCUCCCCCAAAGCAAAGCCCUAAAAUCACCAACAGAUAAAGAUUGUCCCUACCAGGCAUCUGUAGCAGGAGGUGGCAAAGAGGCUCUGCAAAUGCGUCAGAAGAGCAAACAGCAGGCCAAGAUCGAGGCCACGCAGAAGCUGGAGCAGGUGAAGAACGAGCAGCUGCUGCAGCAGAGACAGCUGUCGACCAAUCAGAGCCCCCACAUGGUCACCCAGCAACCUGUCGCCGGGGGCAACGUCUCCCCAGCAUCCAGACAGCACCUCCUCCAGACCUCGGGACUGGCUGACGAUGUCUUCCUCAGACCGCAAGCACCUCCUCCCUCCGGCUUCUCCUCCCUCCCUCACUCCCCUCACGCCUCCUCCCCCCUGCACCAGCCCCCCUCCUCCCCUCAGAUGUUCUCCCCCCCCUCGUCCCGCCCCUCCUCGCCCUGGGACCCCUACAGUAAGGUAGUUGGGACUCCUCGUCCCACCUCCUCCCAGGGCGGUGGUCCCUCUGCUCCCCAGCAGCAACGCUGCAACUCCCUCAGCGCCUCCCCAGCCCACGACUCACUGGGCUCCCCCGCCCCCUCCCCCGACUCCAAAACCUCCGACAUGUCCAGGACCCUCGGACCCCAACCAGGUAUGCAGCAGAGUAGAGGAGGUGUGAUGAGCCCCUCCGCCGGCUCGGCCCCUGACCACCAGGUGCGCCACGUGGUGCGAGCAGCAGAGAGCUAUCAGAGGACUUACAGUCGGGCAGGUGAACUGGUCCAGGGGGGGGUCUUUAAAGCCCCCAUGCCCCCCCAGCACCAGCCUCAGCAGGAGGUGUUCGGCAGCUCAGGAGGAGGAGUAAGGAGGGACCCAUCCAGACCCACGGAUCUUGGUUUUGCCCUCUCUCAGUCACAGGACCCGUCGUUUCCCUCCAGCCCCCUGUCAGGGCUGAGCUCCCCCCACCGCAGCCCCUACGCCCAAACCCCCGGCACCCCCAGACCCGACUACAGCCAGCAGAUCACUGAGCCCUUCACCCAGCAGUCACCUUUGACCUCCAGACCCUCACCGGACCCUUACUCCAACCCUCAGACCCCCGGCACACCGCGCCCACAUUCUGACCCCACGUACCUCCCCACGCCUCCCGCUCUGAGACUGGACCAGUACAACCAGCAGCCCCCCAACUGCCGCCCGUCCCCCUCCCACUCCACCUUCGACCCGUACGCCUCCAACCCGGGGACGCCGCGCCCCUCCGUUGCCGAGCGCUUCCCUCGGUCGCCGGGGAGCCAGCGGAGCGCCGAGCAUUACAGCCAGCCGGCCGGGACAGCGCGGCCCUCGCCGGACCCCUACGCCCAGCAGCCCUCCACGCCGAGGCCCCAGAAGGCCCCCGACGCCUUCAGCCAGGCCCCAGCGGAGAGCUUCCCUCCCCAGCCUGCAAGGGCCGACUCCUCCCCUCUGGCUCCAGGGCUCACCGGAGAGACCUACACCCAGAGUCACCACCAGUCUCCAGGAAGACAACAGGACUCAUUUCCCAGAACCCCCAGCAGCCAGACCCCAAAGCAUCCUGGGAUGUCAGAGGAGAGCGGCUUCCCCGGUUUGACCAAUCAGACGCCGGUUCACGACGCCUUCGAGCAGGGUCACAUGACACCAGGCCCAUCACAGACAGACAAGACGGUAGCCAAUGAGAUGGCAGCGCUGAGUGCCGCCUCCCUGGAUGGAUCAAUGAGCAUGCUUCCUCAGCUGGGCGACUCGGAGGAGAAGCUGAGACAGCGUCAGAGGCUCCGGCAGCUCAUCCUGAGGCAGCAGCAGCAGAAGAGCGCCCUGCGGCAGGAGAAAGGUCUGCAGGAACCACAAGCUGCUCCACCUGCUGCUCCACCUGCUGCUCCACCUGGCCCCGCCACACCACGUCCCUGGUCCCAGGACCCCAACGUCUCCACCCAGCUUCCAGCUGACUUGUUUGGGCGUCCCCCGCCCCCUUACCCCGGCACGGUGAGGCCUGCCGGGCCAGCUGGAGCUCCUGCUGGGGUCCCGCGGUUCCCUGGAGGUUUCCCAGGGGAGCAGCAGAGGGGCUUCCUCCCCAGCGAGGCUCCGUUCCCCAGGCAGAACCUCCCCAGGGAGCUGGCGGUCCGAGGACCCGCCCUGAGGUUCAGCGUUCCUCCCGGAGCUCCAGCCGGCCUCCAGGACUCCUUCCUGCACCCUCCCCAGGGAUCAGUGCCUGGUGCUGGGCUCGGUGCGGUGGAGGGAGUUCCUGUCCAGAUGAGGCGGCCAGUGCCCGGCGAGUUCACCGGCAUCCGACUCCUCGCUGCUCCCAACACUCACCAACACGUGAUGUCAGCCGUCCCCCAGCCCUUCCUGCCCCGCUCCCUCCCCAUCCAGCAGCACAGCAUCAUGGGACAGCCCUACAUCGAGCUGCGACACCGCGUCCCGGAGAACCGUCUGAGGCUGCCCUUCUCGCUGGCGGCCGCCCAGGACGCCGAGGCCUCCCUGGUGCACCCCAGAGACCCCCAGCUGUCACCGGCCAGGCCGGGUCCCGGAGCCAGGAUGGGCGAGGGGCCGCUGGGCCAGCAGCUGCUACUGACGGGCGGCGUGGAGCAGCUGAACCAGCAGGAUCAUCGGCACCUGAGCCAAGUAGCAGAGUCAACCCUGUCAGGGGCCGAUGGGAUCGAGGAGCACCUGGAGGACUCAGCCGUGAAGGACCUGGAGGACGUGGAGGUGAAAGAUCUGGUCGACCUGAACCUGAACCUCGACCCGGAGGACGGAAAAGAGGAUCUGGAUCUGGGAGCUAACGACCUCCACCUGGACGACUUCCUGCUGUCGGGGAAGUUCGACCUGAUCGCCUACGCCGACCCGGAGCUGAACCUGGAGGACAAGAAGGACAUGUUCAACGAAGAGCUGGACCUGGGGGAGUCGGUGGAGGAGGGGGGCGAGAGGCGGGACCGGGUGGGCGCCCCCCCCAGGAAGAUGGAUAAUCACACCCACCUGGUUGGUCAGGUUAAACAGGAAGUGGAGGACGCCGUGAAGAUAGAAGCCCAGCACCCUUCACCACAGCCGGGGCUCCUCCCCCCCAGGAGAGUCCCGGGACCGGCAGGGUCCAGCCUGCCCGGCUUCAAGGAGAAGCUGGAGGACUCUGGUUCAGCUGCAGGGGUCGCGCCUGCUCUCCAAGCCCAGGAUCAGGCUCUGUCCUCGGGCACGGCUCCGGGCGUUCACCCCCCUCUGACUGGAGGGCAACCAUCUGUCUUCCAGCAGCAGCAGCAGAUGCCAGCUGGGCCCCCCUCCACCCUCCUCCCCCCUCAGGGCCCCCCUACUUCACCACACCAGCUGUCCCUCCUCCUCAGCACCCAGAACCAGAACAAGGCCCUGCUCCUGGAGGAGCAGCCGCUCCUCCUGCAGGACCUCCUGGACCAGGAGCGCCAGGAGCAGCAGCAGCAGAAACAGAUGCAGGCGCUGAUCAAACAGAAGCCCACCUCAGACCCCGUGUUCCCCAACAUGGCAGACUUUGACUCCAUCUCAGAUCCCAUCAUGAAGGCAAAGAUGGUCGCUCUGAAGGGCAUCAACAAGGUCAUGAGUCAAGGCAACCUGAGCCUGAACCCCAUCGUCAUCAACAGGUUCCAGCAGGCUCCGGGGGCCCCGGCUCCGGCCCCAGAGGGACCUCCACAGCCCCCUCAGCUGCUGGGGCAGGUUCAGGUACAGCAGGACGGGAAGUUGAACCCUCAGCUGGUGCGACCGAACCCCCCCAGCUUCGGCCCCGGCUUCGUCAACGAGUCUCAGCGGCGGCAGUAUGAGGAGUGGUUGGGGGAGACGCAGCAGCUCCUGCAGAUGCAGCAGCGCCUCCUGGAGGAUCAGAUCGCAGCGCAUCGGAAGACCAAGAAGGCUCUGUCCGCCAAGCAGAGGACGGCGAAGAAGGCCGGCCGAGCGCUCGGAGAGGACGACGCUGCUCAGCUACGUUACAUCACAGAGCAGCAGGGAACAGUCCAGAAACAGCUGGAGCAGAUCAGGAAGCAGCAGAAGGAUCACUCGGAGCUGAUCGAGGACUAUCGGACUAAACAGCAGCAGAGAGUCCUGCAGCAGCCAGGAGCCCCCCCCAUGAUGCCUGCAGGAGCCCCCCCCAUGAUGCCUGCCGGAGCCCCCCCCAUGAUGCCUGCCGGAGCCCCCCCCAUGAUGCCCGCUGGAGCCCCCCCCAUGAUGCCUGCAGGAGCCCCCCCCAUGAUGCCUGCAGGAGCCCCCCCCAUGAUGCCUGCAGGAGCCCCCCCCAUGAUGCCCGCAGGAGCCCCCCCCAUGAUGCCCGCUGGAGCCCCCCCCAUGAUGCCCGCUGGAGCCCCCCCCAUGAUGCCCGCCGGAGCCCCCCCCAUGAUGCCCGCAGGAGCCCCCCCCAUGAUGCCUGCAGGAGCCCCCCCCAUCCCCCAGACCCUACUCUCCCAGCCUCCUGUGUCCAUGCAGCCCCACCCGGGCGGCCCUGCCUCCACCCGCCUCCCAAACGUCCCCCCUGGGUGGACCCCGGGGGGCGGGGCUCCAGGGGUGAUAGGUCAGAGGGGGCCGCCUCAGAUGCCCCCCACCCUGCCUAACACCCCACAGGCUCCACUGCAUACACCAACCCCCCCGGCCAUGGUGCCCAGCCUCAACGCCCGGGGCCCCGCGGGGGGGCCCAACGGAGCAGCAGCGGACGGAGCCACACCUCAGGUAACACCCCUGAUCUUGGUCUCUGUGAUCCUGAUCCUGGUCUCUGUGAUCCUGGUCUCUGUGAUCCUGGUCUCUGUGAUCCUGGUCUCUGUGAUCCUGGUCUCUGUGAUCCUGGUCUCUGUGAUCCUGAUCCUGGUCUCUGUGAUCCUGGUCUCUGUGAUCCUGGUGAAGUUUGACGACAACAACCCGUUCAGUGAAGGAUUUCAGGAGCGAGAGAGAAGAGAGAGACUGAGAGAGCAGCAGGAGAGACAGAGAGUACAGCUGAUGCAGGAGGUGGAGCGUCAUCGUGUCCUGCAGCAGAGGCUGGAGCUUGAACAGCAUGGCCUCCUGGGGGCCCCCCCUGGAGCUGCGGUGGGCCCCCCCCUCUCUGCUGCGGUGGGCCCCCCCCUCUCUGCAGACACUCUGUCACAGAUGCCCUUCUUCAGCGCCGAGCUGCCGCAGGACUUCCUCCAGUCCCCCACAUCCUCCAGACCUGCCCCUCCCCUCCAGGGCCAGGCGGGGGCCCCGUUCCUGCAGCAGGGCUUCACAGGAGGGCCCCUGCACCCCGGAUCUCACCCGGGCCCGGGUCUAAUGCCCGGGGCGGCAGAGCGGGGCCCCCCCAUGGACCAGACCAGACCGAGACUCCCUGGCCCCGCUGGGCCUCCUGCCCAGGGACAGGCGCUUCCAGCUGGGGUCAGAGCUGCGGUAAUGACCCCCUCUCAUCCUGGAGCUCAUCGAUACGAUCACGACUCCUCCUCCUCCUCCCCCUCUGCCCCCCUCGCCCCCUCCUUCCCCUGCUCCUCCUCUGGCCCCCCCUCCCUCCUGCAGCUCUACUCUGACAUCAUCCCUGACGACAAACCAAAGAAGAAGAGGAACAGGAAGAGGGACGGCGAGGACGCGGCGGGCGGAGCCAGGACGCCACUGUCCUCCCACUCUGAUGACAUCACAGCCCCGCCCACUCCGGCCGUCUCUGACACUUCCUGUUCCACGCCCACUCGGGGCAGCGUGGACCUAUCAGAUUUCUCCGCUCUGCCUCCAUCAUCGGAGCUGGAGAGGCAGCUGUCGGCCGGCGUAGCCCAGGACCGAGGCUCCCUGCUGGGCAUGGAGACUCAGCGAGGCUCCCUGCUGGGCCUGGAGGUGAAGGAGGAGCGUGAGGAGCGAGGAGCGUGUGGGGGAGGCGCGGUGAAGAUGGAGGAAGGUGAGGGGUUCUGCUCCUCCCCUCUGCAGGGAGGAGACGCAGGGAAGGAACUACUGAGACACCUGCUGAAGGACAAAGCGUCUCCGGCCCCCACGCCGUCCCCCCCCUGCCAGGCCCCGCCCCCCGCACGCCGCCAGCUGUCCAAUGAGAGCGUCCGGUCUGAGGAGGAGGACAGGCUCGGUUCCCAUGGCAACACCACGAGCCCGGGUCGGGAUCUGGACUCCUCGGGAAAGAAGAAGCCUCGCUGUAAGAGAGCGGCUCGACCCGACAGAGACAAACCUCCCAAAAACAAGAGGAGGAAGAAGGAGGAGGAGGAGAAGACGCUCAACGCCUCCUCCUCCUCCUCCGACCCCCUGAUGACUCACCUCAGACAGCUCUCGGUGCUGCCCCUCAUGGAGCCGGUCCUGGGGGUGGAUCUGAGUCUGUUCCCCCCGUACGGAAGCUCGUCUCUGGGCCGAGACUCACGGCUGAGCGGCUCCUUCGGCAACGGCUGCCUGGACGGAGUCACGGACUACUACUCCCAGCUCAUCUACAAGCAGAAUAACCUCAGUAACCCCCCCACCCCCCCGGCCUCCCUGCCCCCCACCCCUCCCCCCGUAGCCCGGCAGAAGCUGCUGAACGGCUUCGCCACCACGGAGGAGCUGAGCAGGAAGGAGCUGAGCGAGGACGUUAAAGGUGUGUCCGGUCUGAAGCAGAAGGGGGAGGAGCAUCUGUCACUGAACGCCUCUAAGACGGUGGACGUUCCCGCCUCCCUGCCGACUCCGCCCCACAACAACCAGGAGGAGCUCAGGGUCCAGGACGCGGUGGGUCGCUGCAGCCCCGACGGCUUCGUCCCGGCUUCGUCUCCGGAGAGCGUGGCGGACAUGGAGGUCAGCAGGUACCCAGACCUGUCCUUCAUCAAGCUGGAGCCCCCCUCCCCCUGCCCCUCCCCCCCAUUACCCAUAACCCCCUGCGCCUGGGGCAAAGGCUCUGCAGUGAAACAGGAAGUGAAGUCAGAGCCGAACCACCAGGGUCCCCCCUCCUGCUCCACAGACCUGGUUACCAUAGCGAUAACGUUGAGCCCAGUUGCUGCUCAGAACGUGAGCGGUGUCAUGGCGGCGGUGGCGGACCUGCUCCGGGUCCCGGUGCCCAUCGACUACCAACUGAGCCGAGCCGGACCCGACUGCAGCGCCUUGUCCCUGCUGGCUGGAGUCAGAGUGCCACAGGGUGCAGCAGCAGCUCUCAGACAGCAGAGGCCUCCUCCAGCAGUAUCGGGCGUCCGGAUGGACUACAACCAACAUGGCGGCUCUGCUCCGGCUGCUCUCAGGACUCAGUGCUGCAGCUACUGCAAGGCGCUGCUGGGAAAUGGAGUCCGCAUCAUCAAAGAGCUCAAACAGGAGGGUCAGUCCAGACCAGGGUCCAGCCUGGUGUUCUGUAGUCCGGACUGCUCUGCUCUCUACACAUCUGGCCUGCAGGGCAGAACAGCUGGGAACAAGGCUGCGAGCAGCGUUCAGCAUCAGUACACCAACAGGAUGUCCUCCAUCGCCGUGCACACUCUGCCCGCCUCCACCGCCGUCGCCAUGGAGACCAGGCCCCGCAUGGACAGCCUCAAGGUGAAGGUGAAGCUGAAGCCCCGCCCCCGAGCCGUCACCGGAGGAGACGAUUCGCCGACGUCUCAACACGGGAAGAAGGUCAAGAAUUCCCGCUGGAGGCGCUGGGGCGUUAGCAUCACUCUGACCAGGGGUCCUUGCUUGUCCGGUGAAGUGGUUUCCAUGCCGACGGAGGAGGAAGUGGACGUGCUGUUGGAGAAGCUGGGGGUGUGUCUCCGUCCUGACCCGUUGCCUAGAGACCAGCGGAGAUGCUGCUUCUGUCACCAGCUGGGAGACGGACCGACGGACGGACCGGCCAGACUGCUGAACCUGGACCUGGACCUGUGGGUCCAUCUGAACUGUGCCCUGUGGUCCAGUGAGGUGUAUGAGACCCAGGCGGGGGCUCUGAUCAACGUGGAGCUGGCUCUGAGACGAGGUCUGACGCUGCGCUGUGCUUACUGCCAGCAGACCGGAGCCACCAGCGGCUGCAACCGACUACGCUGCACCAACACCUACCACUUCACCUGCGCUCUGCAGGCACGCUGCACCUUCUUCAAGGAUAAGACGAUGCUCUGCCACCUCCACAAGCCCAGGAUGGUUCCUCUGAGCGGGGACAGGUCUUCCAGCGGGUCUCCCUCCUCCACCACGGGGCCGACCCCUGACCCCGCCGUCGUCAUGGCGUCCGACCCGUACGACUCGGAGCUGCGCUGCUUCGCCGUGUUCCGCCGGGUGUUCGUGCAGCGGGACGAGGCUCGUCAGAUCGCCGCCGUGGUGCAGCGCGGCGAGCGGCAGCACACCUUCCGGGUCGGCAGCCUGCUGUUCCGCGCCAUCGGCAGACUCCUCCCGCAGCAGAUGAACGCCUUUCACAACAAGACCGCCAUCUUCCCCAUCGGUUACCAUGCCAACCGCUUCUACUGGAGCAUGCGCCACAGCAGCCGGCGCUGUAAGUACAUGUGCUACAUCGAGGAGGAAGACAGGCGGCCGCUGUUUAAAGUGAAGGUUGUGGAGAAGGGACAUGAUGACCUCAUACUGACCGGACAAUCACCGAAAGCUGUCUGGGACCAAAUCCUGGAACCAGUGUCCCAGAUGAGAUCCUCCAGUGGGACUCUGAAGCUCUUCCCAGUUUACCUGAAAGGAGAAGAUCUGUUUGGUCUGACUACGUCUGCAGUCAGCAGGAUCAUCGAGUCUUUACCAGGGGUGGAGGCCUGUGAGCGCUACACCUUCCGUUACGGCAGGAAUCCUCUCAUGGAGUGGCCUCUGGCCUUCAACCCAACUGGCUCGGCCCGAUCGGAGCCCAAAGCCUACCAGGCCAAGAGACCGUACCUGUUGAACAGCAUCGCUCCCAGGUGUCAGGGCUCGGUGGGCUCCAUCGUGGGCCUCGUCCCCGGCGUCAUCUCUCUGUCUCCGGGCGAGUCUGUGGCCGGAGCUCAUCAGGGACGCCACUCCAAGUCCUCCCAGUACCGACGCAUGAAGGCCGACUGGAAGACCAACGUCUACCUGGCUCGGUCUCGCAUCCAGGGUCUGGGUCUGUACGCUGCCAGAGACAUUGAGAAGUGUACCAUGGUCAUCGAGUACAUCGGCACCAUCAUCAGGAGUGAAGUAGCCAACCGAAAGGAGAGACUGUACGAGUCUCAGAACCGAGGUGUGUACAUGUUCCGCAUCGACAACGACUUUGUGAUCGACGCCACCAUCACUGGAGGACCUGCAAGGUACAUCAACCACUCGUGUUCGCCGAACUGCAUCACUGAGGUCGUUACCGUGGAGAAAGAAAACAAGAUCAUCAUCAGCUCCUGCAGACGCAUCCAGAGAGGAGAAGAGCUGAGUUACGACUAUAAGUUCGACCUGGAGGACGACCAGCAUAAGAUCCCGUGUCACUGUGGAGCCGUCAACUGCCGCAAAUGGAUGAACUGAACACACACACACACACACACACACACACACACACACACACACACUCUGGCAGCUCUCUCUCUCUCUCUCUCUCGGUGCUGAAGAUGGCUGUCGAUCGCCCGCCUCUCAGUGGGCGGAGCUUAACAGUUGGACUUCAUAUCAGAAGUAUAAUAAUAAUAAUAAUAAAUGUG